AUGUCCGCCGAACCCAACAGCAAGUUCGCGCCUGAGCCUCAGAUCACGCACAAAGGCCGCGAGUUGAGCUUCAAGCAGAAGCUGGAUCAAGCGGCCCACGACGCCCGUAAAUCCGAAGAAGAGCCCAAGCAGAACCCUAUUGUCGAAAAAGUGACACAGUACAUUCCAGCCGCCGCCAAGAUCCUCGGUAACCCGCAGGAGGAAAAGGAGGAAAAGAUUUCGCGUCCAGGAAUUCCAGGACCACCCGAACGGCCGUACGACGACGUCCAGGUGGAGGAAUUCAUCCGCCAGCAGCACCGUAGCAAGGGAGAAGACGGCAUUCUUCAAUGA